AUGAUGAUUGACUUGACCUUACUUGACGCUAGUGCUACCCGAGAUGAUUUUACAGUUGGUAUGUCAGGUCGAUUGUCCAGCACUAAAAUAGGCGAUGGUUCACCAUUUCACGUGCCGUUUCCAUUUCGAGUCCCACAAAAUCACAAUCGUCGAAUGGCUGAGAUUGUCAUUUCCGAAUACUCUGUCAACAGCAUGCUCUACUUUGCUCAUAGGACGAAUUCUCUUCUUUUCCAUGUGGAUUCGCAUUCUCCUGGAGUCGGAUCCUUAUUAAAAACGACGUGCACCGUCGACGAAGUUUGCUUGUCGGAUCAAGUAGAAGAGGUUGGAAGGGAAUUCCCAGGACAGAGUUUGGAGCUCAUCAUUAGAACAACUAGCCCACCAACAAUGGCUUUCAGAAAAGGUAGCACUUUCAUAUCGUUAAUGUUUGGUAUAGACUAG